AUGCGAUCGCAGUUACGCCGUCCAACAACAGCGGGUGUAACUACUGCAGGUGCAUCAACUGAAACUACUAUUCCUGUCAUGUAUCCUCAGGAUUUUAUAAAUGCAUGUGCACAACCAGUAGCAAUUAUGAGUGCUGUUAUGAUGGGUGUUAUGGUUCCUAUUCAAGCUUUAGUAAUGUAUGCUGCUUUCACGAAGUUUUCCAAUAUCUUUAAUCCAUUGAAGAAAAAAGCACAGCUGAGACAUGCACAACGAAUGAGAAAGAUUAAUAUUAAUCGACGUUGA